UAGGAGUUAUAUUCUAGCCGCAAGGAAUUCAAACACUUCGCGCCAUCAUCAUCUAUACUCCAGCGACCAGACCACACCACUAUGGUAAUCUCUCGGUGACCGAAUACAUGGUCAUGUUUAUCUAUGAAUUCGCCACUAAUUCAAAUACUCUCCAACACCAUACACCACUGUCAAAAAACAUGGACACUAACAUCAGAACAAAUACUCCAACAACUACUCUCUCAUUGCACCAACCUAACCCAUCUCCAACAAACACACUCCUUCAUGCUAAAAACAUCACUCUUCCAAAACGACAUCCACCUCUCCCGUUUCAUUCAUAAAUCUGCUUCUCUCAAUUUCCCAAACUACUCUUUUUCAAUCUUCACCUCUCUCAAUCACAACCGUCCAUUUCCCAUCUUCGUCUACAACAACAUAAUCUACGCAUUUUCUUCAUCCAACCCUACACGUGCCGUUUCGUUAUUCAACGUCGUUCGUCGUCUCGGCUUGUCGCUUGACUCCUACUCUUUGCCUUACGUUUUGAAAGCUGUUGGUUCUUUAAACGACAUCGUUUUGGGAAAACAGGUUCAUUGUAUUGGUGUUGUUACUGGUUUGGAUUGUUAUGUUAGUGUUGUUGCUUCGAUUGUUCAAAUGUAUUGUUGUUGUGGUAAUGAUGUUUGGUCUGCACGGAAGGUGUUUGAUGAUGGAUUGGUGUUGUUUGGAGGAGAUGGCGGUGCUGUUUGGAAUGCUAUGAUUGUGGGUUAUGCUAAAGUGGGUGAUGUGUUUAAUGCACAGAAGUUGUUUGAUAAAAUGCCUCAAAUGGAUAAGAAUGUUUUUUCAUGGACGGCUCUUAUUUCGGGUUACACGCAGGCUCAUAAUCCCAAUGAGGCUAUUAAGCUCUUCCGUAGAAUGCAGCUUGAGAAUGUGAAGCCAGAUGAAAUUGCAAUUUUAGCUGUGCUAUCUGCCUGUGCUGAUUUGGGUGCUCUUCACUUGGGAGAAUGGAUCCACAACUACAUUGAAAAGCACAAAUUGAACAAGAUCGUUCCUCUUUACAACUCACUCAUAGACAUGUAUGCCAAAUCAGGCAACAUUAGUAAAGCACUAAAAUUGUUUGAGAAUAUGAAUCAUAAAACAAUUAUAACAUGGACAACAAUGAUCGCCGGGCUUGCUUUACAUGGUUUAGGAAAGGAGGCCCUUCAUGUAUUUUCUCGCAUGGAGAAGGAGGGUCGAGUCAAGCCAAACGAAGUCACUUUUAUCGCCGUCCUAUGUGCUUGUAGCCAUGUUAGAUUGGUCGAACAAGGCCUCAAUUAUUUCACGUCUAUGAGGUCUAGAUAUGGAAUCGAACCUAAGGUUGAACAUUAUGGCUGCAUGAUUGAUUUGCUUGGGCGUGCUGGCCUUGUUCAAGAAGCAAAAGAACUGGUUUCCCAGAUGCCAUUUGAAGCAAAUGCAGCUAUAUGGGGAUCCCUUCUUGCUUCAUCAACUAGAUGCGGCGAUGCUGAGCUAGCAGCGGAAGCAUUGCGUCAUCUCACAGUGUUGGAGCCCAACCAUUCUGGGAAUUAUUCACUCUUGUCGAAUACCUAUGCUUCACUUGGUAGAUGGAAUGAAUCUAGGAUGGUAAGGAAGGUUAUGCGGGAUGCAGGCGUGGAAAAGAUGCCGGGUCUCAGUUAUAUUGAGGUGAACAACAUAGUAUAUGAAUUCAUUGCUGGAGACAAAUCAACCAUCUACUCUGUUGGCAUAUCUGAUACUUUGCAUAGCUUAGAUGGACAUGUAAAGAUAGAGGACCAGUAGAUAUUUAUGGGAUUUGGUUUCACUGCUGUCAGGGAUAUCGAAGUCACAGUACCAGCUUUCGAAGUGCAGAUUUCGAAUUUGCUUUUCAGAUAUGAUAUUUCUAGUUUAAAAGUUGAUUCAUCCAAUAUUUGAUCAUUGGGUUCUAAUCUGCGUGGAUUCCAAGCCAAAGUUAUCAAAUAGCGGCUAUAUUGAUGCUUUAGAGUUAUAAUAUAGUAGAAUUUGAACAAACAAUUAUUGUUCUACAAUACUUUAUUUUAUUUAGUACAAAGUCUUCCUAAAUAGUGACUAUAGAUGUGCUACUGUGCUGCACCAAAGUUGAAUUUGAAUAAACUUGUUUUUUGCUAUCUACGAUUGGACGACUUAGUUCCUCCCAAGAGUGUUGUAAUAUCAGCUUGUCCCUAAAAAAAUCAUAUUUAAUUUGAUCUA